AUGCCUCAGCAGUUAUCGUCCCUUCCCUUAGUUCAAGCAUUUCUUCUAUUUAUAGCGACAUGGUUGCUGUACAAACUUAUUGGACCGCUGGUCAUCCGGUCGCCUCUUCACAACAUCCCUGGCCCUCCUGCCCAAUCGUUUGUGAAAGGCAACCUGGACAAGGUGUUCGAUAGACAUGGAUGGGCCUUCCAGCGUGAGAUCAGCGAGAAAUAUGGCGCCGUUGUGAGGCUUACUGGCCUCUUCGGUACGCCGCGACUCUUUGUUUACGAUCCUACUGCUUUGCAUAGUGUCGUAGUCAAAGAGCAGGACAUUUACGAGGAAACUCCCAUGUUUCUUAUCGGUAAUGGUCUGGUGUUCGGUAAGGGACUCCUUACGACAUUGGGCCACCAGCAUCGUAAACAGAGAAAAUUAUUGAAUCCCAUAUUCUCGAUCAACCACAUGAGACACAUGCUGCCAAUCUUCAACAAGGUUGCCGAAAAUCUAAAAGAGGGCAUCGCUAUCAAGGUGCACUCUGGCGUGCGCGAACAAGAUAUGCUGGAGUGGAUGUCCCGCACAGCCCUUGAACUCAUUGGCCAGGGCGGCCUUGGGCACUCGUUCGAUCCUCUCGUGAAGGAGGUAGAUAACACGUAUGGCCAUGCCCUGAAGGCCUUGAUGCCGGCUCUCUUCUCUUUGGCGAUCUUGCGUCGCCUCUUGCCCUACGUCGUGAACAUCGGAUCGCCGGCGUUCCGCAGGCGUGUUCUUGAAUUGAUUCCUAACAAACGUAUCCAGCGUGUACGCGAGCUGGUUGACAUCAUGGACCAGACCACGCGGCAGAUCUGGGAAAACAAGAAGGCCGCGUUUGCGAAGGGCGACGAGGCCGUAUUGCAGCAGGUCGGCGAAGGCAAAGAUAUCGUCAGCAAGCUCUUGCAAGCAAAUGAGGAUGUUGGUGAAGAGGAUAAACUUCCGGAUGAGGAAUUGCUGGCGCAACUGGCGACACUCACCUCGGCCGCGGUGGACACGACUUCCAGCGCACUCGCGCGCAUCCUCCAUUUACUUGCAGAGAACCAGGAUGUGCAGGAGAAACUUCGCCGGGAGAUCGUCGAUGCACAUAAGGACGGGAAUGAGCUUUCCUACGACGAACUGGUUGAACUACCAUAUCUCGAAGCUGUCUGCAGGGAGACGCUCCGAUUGUACUCUCCUGCGAGUUGGGUUACUCGAAAGACACGUCAAGACACUAUCAUGCCCCUCUCGAAGCCGCUCCGGGGUGUGGACGGGACUUUGAUCCAUGAGAUCCCCGUACCCAAGGGCACUGAGGUUGUCGUUGGCAUCCGUGCUGCGAAUCGCAAUCCUGAUCUAUGGGGACCCGACUCGGACGAGUGGAAACCGGAGCGAUGGCUGUCUCCUCUCCCCGACACAGUUACUAACGCGCACGUUCCUGGAGUGUACUCCAAUUUAAUGACGUUCCUUGGCGGUUCGAGGGCAUGCAUCGGGUUCAAAUUCUCGCAGAUGGAGAUGAAGGUCGUUUUGGUCACAUUGCUUCAGUCUUUCAAGUUCACCUUGUCGGACAAGCCUAUCGUCUGGAAUCUAUCGGGCAUUGCAUAUCCCACAAUAGGGCCUGUUGAUCCUGUUGCAAGACUUCCUCUCAAUGUCGAGGUGAUAUCCUCGUGA